GGCGCUGUGGGUGGAGCCUGCGCAGCUGGCGGCGGCGCCCUUUAAGCAGCGACGCUCGCCCGCCUCCCGCUUGUGCAGCCUGGGACCCAGCAGCGCCGCGCCGCGCCCGAGCAGCCCCAGCCCCGCCGCGCCCCCGCCCCCCACGUUCUGCCCUCAUCGCGCCGCCGCCGCCAGCAGGAGCAGGCGGAGGAGGAGGAGGAUGCCCCGCUAUGAGCUGGCUUUGAUCCUGAAAGCCAUGCAGAGGCCUGAGAUGGCUGCUGCACUGAAGCGCACAAUAGAGGCUUUGAUGGAGAGAGGAGCAGUUGUGAGGAACUUGGAAAACCUGGGAGAAAGAUCACUGCCAUAUAAAAUCUCCAAGCAUAAUCAAGAUCACAGAAGAGGAGGGUAUUUUUUGGUAGACUUUGAUGGCCCACCUAUGAUUGUUUCAACGAUGAUGGACCAUUUAGGACGUGAUGUUGAUGUAAUUAGACCUACUUUUUUAAAGCAUCCAGUAUCAAAGACAGAAGAAUGUGGUGGCAUAAUCCCAGUCAACUAUGAAGAUAAACUAUAUACCAAGAAAAAAUGAGUAUCCAAAAGACCAUAUCUGAAACCUUUUUAUUUUAGCCCUGCUUUCGGAUACAACUGUGGUCAUAAUUGUUGUCUACGUACAGAGUCAUCUAUUGUAGCCAUAUGGCAUCUGGAGUUAAUGUAACCUUUAGCUUUCUUUUUUGUUGUUAAUUAAAUAGUUAAUUUGUAUUCUUAUGUUAAUAGUUGAUGACUAGUCUAAAAAUUGAUUUGCUUUCCUCGUAAAGCAUUACAUCUGAUGAAGUUCUGUCUACCCAUCAGGAGACUAAAAAUAGCAAUUUUUUUUUCAGUAAGAUUACUUCAGACUUUGUACACAGUAGAUUAAGAAAGCUCUGUUCGACAAUGUAUACUGUAUAGCGGUAUGUUUUUUUAUUUUAAACAAGAUAAUAAAGGUGAUUUGAAAUAA